GUGGUCAGUGGUGUUCUCUCGUCCCCCCGGUGAGCGUCAGUGCGCAUGCCCAGUGCGGUGACGCCGCAACUCCAUGUGUGAGAAGAGCAUUAUUUGGCAACCGGAACGGCAGCGGGGAGGGCUGUGAACAGGGGGGGGAUCCCCAGGAUUUUUUAAGCACCGAAUUACCGGGGUAAAUAGUCACCCAAAUCGCGAGGAAGAGCCGGAGACAAAAGGAUCACAUCACCUCGACUCCGUGAGUGUUGCCAUGGCGGAGGAGGCCGUGCGGCAGACCCGCAGCCAGAAGAGGGCGCUGGAGCGGGACGCCCCGCCCGCGGAGGUGGACAGUAAGAAGGUGCGGCUGGACAGGGGGGACCUGCUGAAGAGCGACCCUGGGGGCGGAGCCAGAGGAGGAGGAGGCGGAGGGAAGGCGGAGCCUGUGGGGAGGGUGUCCAGCAUCCUGAACGCCGGGGAGGUGAAGGCCACCAUCAAAGUGGAGGUUCAGACCGGAGACCAGCCCGUCGACAUGAGCACCGCCAAAAGCAGUAACGUGAAGGGGGAGAGACGGCCGCCCUCGCCGGAUGAUGUCAUCGUCCUGUCGGACAACGAGCCCUCCAGCCCCCCCAUGAACGGGCUGAACCACUGCCCCAAGGAGAUGGACACGGAGGGGCUCCUGAGGAGCAGUCCGGAGGAGAGGGAGCGCAUCAUUAAGCAGCUGAAGGAGGAGCUGAGGCUGGAGGAGGCCAAGCUGGUCCUGCUGAAGAAGCUGAGGCAGAGCCAAAUUCAGAAGGAGGCGUCGGCCCAGAAGACCACUGGGUCAUCCAGCUCUGUGGCCACACCGCCCCCUCUGGUCAGGGGUAGUAUUGCAGCCAACAAAGGGUCACUGCAGGUGGUGUCCGGGCGGAGCGCGGGCGGGGUCAUCCCCCCUCCUCUGGUGCGGGGCGGGCAGCAGGUCUCCUCCAAACCCGGGGCGCAGAACUCCCACAUCGUCAUGCCCCCCCUGGUCCGAGGGGCACAGCCGAUCCAGGUGACCCCCCAGCAGAUCCACAGCAUGCGGCAGCAGCCCCACCAGCACUCUGGCUCGGGGCCCCCCCCCUUACUGCUGGCCCCCCGCCCGGUGGUCCCUGGGGGGGUGCAGGUGCAGGGCCAGAGGGUCAUCCAGCCCAGCCUGAUCCGCGUGGCCAACGUGGGCAGUGCUGGCCUCCUGGUCAACAUCUCCCAGGCUUCCGCCGGCUCCCUGAAAGGCUCCACUGUGACCUCACAGUCCCAGCUGACGGGCAGCGGCGUGUCAUUGGCCGGCGCCGCCGAGUCUCCCGCCAGCCGCCAGGCGGCCGCCAAGCUGGCCCUGCGCAAGCAGCUGGAGAAGACCCUGCUGGAGAUCCCGCCCCCCAAGCCCCCCGCCCCCGAGCUCAACUUCCUGCCCUCCGCCGCCAACAACGAGUUCAUCUACCUGGUGGGGCUGGAGGAGGUGGUGCAGAACCUGCUGGACAUGCUGGCCAAAGGUAAGCCCCAAGCCCCGCCCCCGCCCAAGGAGCCGUUCACCUGCUCCCAGUGCCAGACGGACUUCACCUCCCGCUGGCGCCCGGAGGAGGGCGGGAGCGCCGUCAUGUGCGAGCACUGCAUGACCUCCAGCCAGAAGAGGGCGCUGAAGGCAGAGCACACCGGUCGGCUGAAGGCCGCCUUCGUCAAGGCCCUGCAGCAGGAGCAGGAGAUCGAGCAGAGGAUCCUGCAGCAGACGUCCGCCUCGCCCGCCUCGUCCCACGCCCCCUCCUCUUCCUCAUCCUCCUCCUCCUCUUCUUCCUCGGUGGUGGUGAAGGUGGAGCCGCAGGGGCUCAAGCAGCACGCCCGCUCCAGCCCCGCCUCCCUGCAGGUGCACGGUCGGGUCACGCCCGUCGCCCGACACCAAUCUGCCAUCAAACAGCUCUCCAGAAGUGUCCAGCCCACAGUGGUGAGGGGGGUGACCCACACCUUCUCCCCGACUCCACAGAUCCAGAACGCAGUGGCAGCCGCAGCACUGGUGACCAGGCCAGGAGUCACCAUGGCGUAUGUGAACCCCAGCCUCACCGCACACAAGAGCUCCUCAGCUGUGGAGCGCCAGCGGGAGUACCUCCUGGACAUGAUCCCCUCCCGCUCCCUGUCCCAGGCCGCCAACGCAUGGAAAUAACCGCUCCCCCCGUCCUGAUUACUCACCAUGACGACGCUCAGACGCCCCGUAACCGCCACAGCGAUUGAAGCGCCCCCCCCGCCCCUCCAUCUGGAAACCAACCCUGAGACACCCAGAACCGCUAACUCGAUCCAAAACAGAAAUAAAAAAAACCUCUCUCUCUCUCUUCAUCUGUCCCUCUCUCUUUCUCUUUUGUUUCCUUUCUUCUUCUGUUUGUUUUGGAUGCCCGUCCUUAUUUUUCAGGGCUUGGGUUUUCAGGGCUUUUUCAGGGAUUGUGGGAUUGUUGUGUCCUGGGGGGAGGGGGGGGGGUCGGGGCAGAGAAUGGAGGAAGACUAAAUACCAACAAAAUGAAAAUGAGUACACAAAGGACCCCUCUCUCUUCCUGUUCCCUCCCCGUCGCCUCGUCACCGGCGCACAGGGAUGAUGUCAUCAACUGUCGCCUGUAAGGAUGGUGAUGUCAGACAGAGUGAAUGACCUUUGACCCCACCCCUCCCCACAAAGCGGCUGUUGUGCAAACGGAAUUUCCCCCUUUCCCCCGCUUCCCGCCACGGGCGCGACCGUUGGGAGACACGCGGACUGAGCGGCAGCGGUUGUCGCCGCGGGCAACGGCUCGACCUCGACAAGAUGCUAGGUUUCUUUAGCAAAUGAAAAUACAAGUAUAUUAAAGAGGAAUAAUAAAAGGAACAACAAAAAACGAAAUAAAAUGACAACAAACGUGCUCUCGUGUCCGGAGUCUCAGGUGUGGGACAGUAGCUGGGGUUUUUUUUUUGGGACAGGAGUGCAGCUGUAGAAGAUUCCGGAGUGUCCAGCUUCCAGCUGCUUGCAUUACGAACCAUUUCUGUGACUCUGUCGCUGUGGAUUUGACCUGCGGAGUUGUCAACCUUCAAAUCUUCGAGAUGGCUGUACGAACUGGUUUCGACGUUGGCUCAAAAACUCCUUUUAUUUUUGUUUGUUUUUUUUAAUUAUUAUUAUUAUUAUUAUUAAUGUAGUCUUUGGAGUAAGCGUGGAAACUUUUACACAGCGGACGGGAAGCCGUGGAGGAUUGGGACUGUGUCGGGACUGUGUCGCUGAAACUGUGUGGGAGAAUCCUGCUGGCUCAAAUACAGACAGAUGAAGAAAGCACGCGAUGGCGGACUUCAAACGGUUGUUUUCCGGACAUUUCCUGCGAACCCCAAACGGCCGAUGUAUGAUCGGGGGGGGGGGGGGGGUAACCCUUUUCUCCCGAUUUUAGGCUUGGCCAAAGUUGCGUUUCAUAUUUUAAGUUGUCCUCGCUUUAGACGGUUGUGUUUCAAAUAGGCGAGUGUUGGCUUGAGGGGUGUUGCACGUUUCUGGCAGAAACCAGGACGUAGAUGCAGAAAUAGUGUCUUCAUUCCCUGGACACCGGGGGGGGCGAAGCUCACGCUCACGUCUACACAACGGGGGGUUGAGCCGAACUUCAUUUCGCUCCGUGUAUCCUGAACGUCCCGAACGUUCGUGUUUAUUUUCUCUUUCUUCCUUUCUUUAUCUGUCUCUGGGGUGAUUUCUGUGUUGCCUUUGAUAAGCGUGCAGGGGAGAGAUCUACAGGCACAGGGUUGGCGCUGGGCUCCACCUCAUUGGCCGCGGCUGACCCGGUUGCCGGGGGAACGCGAUGCGUUUCGAACCCUGGCGAGGUCGGCCGCUUGAGCGGAAUCUACGCACGGCACGUCCUGAGUCACCGGGGUCCGACCGGGGUCAUCACCACUGUGAGGGUGACCUCCUGUUCCUUAAAAAAAAAAAAAAUCCAAGUUAACCCUUUAACUGGCAGCUCAGCUGGCCGCUGAGCGUCUUCACACCCAAAUUCAGUUUAUUUGUUGCUCGUUGUGAAACGGGAACGAGGCCAAUGGUUUAAACAAAAGUGCAUUUAAUGUGCAUGAAUACGCGAGUAAAUAAACUCCAUUUGGGUGUGAAAAGAGGCUGAAGUGCCUGCUCCUGCUUAAGAUGCAGGUGGUAAAUUUAAGAAUAUCUCCCAUUUGGUUCCUUUUUCAAAAUUUCUUUUUUUUUUUUGUUAUUUGCUUUUUUGUUUUUUUUACAAAAAGCUCUGGGGAGCAGUGCAUUAUGGGGCUUCUGGCUUCCUGCCUCCAGGAUGUCUCCCUGAAGAGAGGUGGUGACUGUUGUUGGUGUAAAAAAGGGGGCGUGGUAUUCACAGCGGGUCGAUUUGCAUUAUUUGCAUCCCACCGAAUUCCUUUUUCUUCGAAUCAAGUGGGUGACCGUUUGAACCACACCCCCGGACGCCGGGAACAGUCAACGCCCCUUAAAAAAAAACAAAAUGGAGACCUUGAAGCCAGCCGUUUUACAUGCCAGUAACGUAAAAGGUAAGCAGCCUAGUGAAAGGUACUCUUAGUUUACUAUUCUCUGAGUUUGCCCAUGCCCCCCCCCCCUCCCCAAAUGAAGAUUCCCUUUAACACUGCACCAGUCGUACAUGAAGAAGCUCCACCACAUGGCUCAUUUUAACCACAUUUCCAUAGGCUCUGACUUCAGUUUCUUCCCAUUUCUGGUAAACGGUUAAACUAAACAGGCCUGGGGUCACAUUUAGUGUUGCAAACUUUUAUUUUUUAUUUUGCCGAUAUGUUUAUGUGAGCCUACACAAGGUCAACAAGGAAGGAAAAGAAAAUCUAAAUUGUACCCCUCCCUGUUUUUAAGGAUCAUAAAUUAAGGAGCAGUUCAAGUUCUUGCUUGAGGAUGGUGUUUUGUAUCCAAAAUGUAUAGGUAGGUCUGGCGCUUGUCCACAAGACAGUGCUUAUUCACUGGUCCUGCAGGUAUAAAGGUCCCACGUGCAACAACUACUUGUACAUUUGUUCCCACUUUACAUCUGUAUCAUGCCUUGUCUUAAUUUUUCUUUGGACUUCUUUCAUUUUUCCCUUUCCUGCCGUGUGAUUGAGUGACAGAAGUGUAUUGAAUGCCAGACUUUCUCUGUCGUCGUGGUUACGGAAGCCAGGAGAGGGGGGUGGGGUUUUCGUGAGGUCUGUGUUCUUUGGCAGGGGUCUCACAUUCUCCUCUGACUGCUGACCGCUGCUGUCUGUCAGUUAACACCAUUCCCUCUCCCUGGAGGGGGUACUAGCAUUGUUCAAUGCGGAGCACCCCCCACCCCGACUCAGUCCCACUACCCAUUGUAUUGGUGAUGUUCCAAUUUGUUUGGGUUACUUUUGACCCCCUCCCUGUUCUAUCGAGUAAUAAUAAUAAAAAUAAUAAUAAAAACUAAUUUUAACCCUUUA